ACUUUAAAGUCAUUCCAUCUAUGUUGUCAGUCCACUCGCGAUGUUCAGACUUAGCAAUCGAGUGUCCGCCGCUCUCAGCGGACUGCGCCAUGCCUCCUCAGCCACCGGCGAAGGUCAACGCACCGCCCUCUACGACUUCCACGUAAAAAAAGGCGGCAAAAUCGUAAAAUUUGGAGGAUAUGCCCUGCCGGUACAGUACUCCGACCAGAGCAUCAUUGCCUCCCACCUCCACACCCGCCAUGUGGGCUCUGUCUUCGAUGUGUCCCACAUGCUGCAGACCCGUGUCUUUGGCAAGGAUGCGGCUGCCUGCUUGGAGUCCGUUUGCACCGCGGACAUCCUGGGAACACCGAAUGGUAGUGGAACCCUUACUGUGUUCACCACCGAACAGGGCGGCAUACUGGACGACCUCAUUGUAAACAAAGUCAGCGAAAAGGAGCUCUAUGUGGUCUCCAAUGCGGCUAUGAAGGAACAGGACACGGGCAUAAUGAGCGAGGCUGUGAACAAAUUCAAAUCUCAAGGCAAGGAUGUAACUAUUGAGUUCCUCACCCCCUCCGACCAAUCCCUGGUGGCCGUUCAGGGUCCCCAGGUGGCCAAAGAACUGGCGAAACUUCUGGAGAAGAAUGUAAGCUUGGAUGAAGUCUAUUUUAUGCAAUCUUUUGUCACCACCCUGGCUGGUAUCCCCGACGUAAGGAUCACAAGAUGUGGCUACACCGGUGAGGAUGGUGUGGAGAUCUCCGUAAAGUCCAGCCAAGUUGAGAACCUUACUGAGUGUCUGCUGGAAAGUGGCAGCCUGAAGCUGGCUGGCCUGGGAGCCAGAGAUUCCCUCCGCCUGGAGGCAGGACUGUGUCUCUACGGCAGCGACAUCGACGCAAAGACCACGCCCGUGGAGGCGGCUCUUGCCUGGUUGGUGGCCAAGAGACGCCGCACCGCCCAGGACUUCCCGGGAGCCAACACGAUUAUCGGUCAACUCAAGACCGGUGUCAGCCGUCGUCGAGUGGGUCUCCAGAUGUUGGGCCAAAAGCCGCCACCCGCCAGAGCGGGAGUGGCCAUUUUCAGCCAGGGCCAACAGGUGGGCCAGGUUACCAGUGGCUGCCCGAGUCCCAGUGCUGGGAAAAACAUAGCCAUGGGCUAUGUGGCGGAGAGCCUUAAAGCCCCUGGCACCAAGGUGGAGCUCAAGAUUCGUGAGAAAGUCUACGAAGCCGAGAUUGCAAAAAUGCCAUUUGUAAAAGCCAACUACUACAACAAACCUAAAAAAUAAAUCUCAUAAUAAACUUA